GUAUAUGCUUGGCCCAGGAGUGGCACUAUUAGGAGGUAUGGCUUUGUUGCAGUAGGUGUGUUACUGUGGGUGUGGGCUUUAAUACCCUCAUCCUAGCUGCCUAGAAGUGAGUAUUCUCUUAGCAGCCUUCAGAUAAAGAUGUAGAACUCUCAGUUCUACCUACACCAUGCCUGCCUGGACACUGCCAUGCUCCCACUUUGAUGGUAAUGGACUGAACCUCUGAACCUGUAAGCCAGCCCCAAUUAAAUGUUGACCAUAUAAAAGUUGCCUUGGUCAUAGUGUCUAUUCACAGUAGUAAAACCCUCAGUGAGACACCUAUGUUUUGGAAAGGUAGGAUUUUUUUAACUUCUUUAUUUCUUAUUAGUACAUAUUAAUUAUAAGUGAGUUUCAUUAUAUUUCCUACAUGUAUAUAUUAUACCCUGUCAUAUUCACCCCACUAUCCUCACUCGACUCUGUCCCACUGCAAACAAUUUUUAUUAAUUUUAUAUAGUUUAUUUUGUAAUAUUCUUUUUCAUCCCCCAAUUCCUCCCAGAUCCUUCCUAACUCCCUAUCAAACCAAUUUCAUGUUUUUUUUCCUCUCUUAUGCUCCCAUCACCCAUCUGAAAAUGAAAAUCUAAACGAACAGAAAACUCAAGAACACAAGAAUAGCAAACAAAACAAUACAAAAUAAAAGGCACAAAACCAAAAACGUCGAAUCCCUUUUGUCUUACCAACUACUCCUAGACAUAGGUCCUGCCCUGGAGUGUGGUUGAUAUAGUGUGUGGCCCUCUAUUGGAGAAAACUGAUUUCCCCCUUUCCCUCAUGUAUCAGUUGCAAACAGUUUCUUGGUUGGGGGUGGGGCCUCGUGUUCACGUCUCUUUCUCAGUGGUGGGAUUUUGUCUAGAUUGAACUUGUGUAGGUCUGAUGCAUCCUUUCACAAUCUCUGUGAGUUCAUAUGUGCCUUAGUUCCCUUAUGCCUCAGAGAUACUCUUUUCUUGGAGUGUGUGACAUCUUGUUGAAUCAAGAUGAGGGAUUCCCACAGGCCAGCGUUUUCUUCCCUGAGCAGCCAUUGCCUUGGCCAGACACUUUUUGUACUCCUGCUGGCCCACUGUGGGCUUAAGGAGCUGAGAACACUGGCAGACACCAAAGACUGGCAGCUGAAGAGCCCCUACCUGGCAGUUUCUGUUCUUGUUAACUUGUAUGAAUACUCAGGAAUCCCAGGCAGGGGCUCUAACUUAUACUGAAUUAGAGUAUGAGUCUUAUAGGGGACUCUUCAAAUAAAUUAAAGGUCAGUAGGCCCACAGACAAGGCAAGAGGCCUUGAGAAGCUGGAACAAUGGUAGUGUUUUCCCAGGUGUUUGUGUUUUAUCUAGGGACAGUUCUGAGGGUUUACUGUUUGUGUGGUAAAGUGACCCUUUCCAAUCUGAAGUGGGUGUUGGAUUCCCCUGGGAAUUAGAGAGAGAGAUGAUACUGAUGAAGACCUCGAACUGCUAGACUAACCCCUAAUGAUGUAAUGAGGGCCUAAAAGGUCACUCUUCUGAAUCAUGAGAAAGGUGUGAGAAUCAUGGGUGUGGUUCUCACUGUGUUUAGUGUGUGAGCCUUCAGCUUCUAGAGAGAAAUGUGUGUGAAAGAGAAACCCCUCAGAGGUAAUAGUACUGGCAGCCGAAGUAGUUCUCCUUCCUGCUGGUUUAUUUAGAUAGCUCCUUUCUUAUUUUCAGGCUGUGCACAUUCUUGCCUGGUAAAGAUGAAUUGUGUAUAGUCUGAAAAUCCCUAAUAUAACAUGUUCCCGAAUCUAAAACUUUGGGUACCAACAUGACAGCACUCAUAAAAAUGUACACAGAAUAGGUGACGCUCGAAAUACAGAUGCACUAAAGUACUGUAUGAGAUUCCUUUAGACUAUGUGCCUAGAGUCUAGCUAGAGUGGGUCCCUAGCCCUAGAUGCACUGUAAUGUGUAUUCAGACAUCUCAGUAUCCAGAAAGACCUAGGGUUGGAAAAACUUCGGGUAUCAAGCAUUUUAUUUAGAUAAUUCAAAUUUAGGCAUAUUAUCUUGGACAAAAAAAAAAAAAAAACCAUGCAAACAGCAAAAUCCUUGACUUUUAGAGAAUCCUUCUCCUUUAAGAGAAGUUUAUAGGGGCAGGACUUCCGGCCAAGGCGGAAGACCUUUUCCCUCGCGUUUUCUAGAGAUCCGUUUUGCAGAACCUGGAGGGGCGAGUCGGGACCGUACUGUGGACUCUAGAGUGUCUAUAGGCGUUAUGGGUGUGAUAGGUAUACAGCUGGUUGUUACCAUGGUGAUGGCCAGUGUCAUGCAGAAGAUUAUACCUCACUAUUCUCUUGCUCGAUGGCUACUCUGUAAUGGCAGCUUGAGAUGGUAUCAACACCCUUCCGAAGAAGAAUUAAGAAUCCUUGCAGGGAAGCAGCAGAAAGGAAAAAGUAAAAAAGACAGAAAAUACAAUGGCCAUAUUGAAAAUAAGCCACUGACCAUUCCAAAAGACAUUGACCUUCAUCUAGAAACCAAGUCCAUUACAGAAGUGGAUACUUUAGCACUGCAUUACUUUCCAGAAUACCAGUGGCUGGUGGACUUCACGGUGGCUGCUACUGUUGUGUAUUUAGUAACUGAAGUCUAUUACAGCUUUAUGAAGCCCACACAGGAAAUGAAUAUCAGCUUAGUCUGGUGCCUCCUGGUUUUGUCUUUUGCAAUCAAAGUUCUAUUUUCAUUAACUACACACUAUUUUAAAGUAGAAGAUGGAGGUGAGAGGUCAGUUUGUGUCACCUUUGGAUUUUUUUUCUUCGUUAAAGCAAUGGCAGUUUUGAUCGUAACAGAGAACUACCUGGAGUUUGGACUUGAAACAGGGUUUACAAAUUUUUCAGACACUGCGAUGCAGUUUCUUGAAAAGCAAGGUUUAGAAUCUCAGGGUCCUGUUUCAAAACUUACUUUCAAAUUUUUCCUGGCUGUUUUCUGUUCACUCAUUGGGGCUUUUUUGACAUUUCCUGGAUUACGGCUGGCUCAAAUGCAUCUGGAUGCCCUGAAUUUGGCAACAGAAAAAAUUACACAAACAUUACUUCAUAUCAACUUCUUGGCACCUUUAUUUAUGGUUCUGCUCUGGGUGAAACCAAUCACCAAAGACUACAUCAUGAACCCACCAUUGGGUAAAGAGAGUGUCCCUUUAAUGACAGAAGCCACAUUCGAUACUCUUCGACUCUGGUUAAUAGUUCUGCUAUGUGUUUUGCGGUUGGCCAUGUUGCGAAGUCACUUGCAAGCGUAUUUAAACUUGGCCCAGAAAUGUGUGGAUCAAAUGAAGAAAGAAGCAGGCCGAAUAAGUACAGUGGAGCUACAGAAAAUGGUAGCAUGAGUCUUUUAUUACCUGUGUGUCAUUGCCCUGCAAUAUGUGGCACCUCUGGUGAUGCUGCUUCACAUGACUCUGCUUCUGAAAACACUAGGUAAUCAUUCCUGGGGGAUUUAUCCAGAAGCUGUCUCUCCCUUGCCAGUGGAUAAUAAUCUCCCAUCCAACUUGGUUUACCCUGAACUACCAUCACCUGAUGGGAAGAUGAAGGUAACUGUUACGCAAAUCACAGUGGCGUUGAGCAGCUUAAAAAACAUCUUCACGCCUCUCCUUUUUCGAGGACUUCUGUCAUUUUUGACAUGGUGGAUUGCUGCUUGCCUCUUUUCUACAAGCCUUUUUGGGCUUUUCUAUCAUCAGUAUCUGACAGUGGCAUGAAUUUCAGUCAAAAAUGGAUAUCCAAGUCACACUUUAAAUUCAAAUAUCUGUGCCCUUGAAGGUUGACAAAAGAAGAAUGCAAAUACAACGGAGAAAAAC